CGCCUCCCGGGCCUGACACUCUACUAGUCUGGUCAUCUGUUAGCCGGCACGGCCAGCGGACCCGAAGGAGAUUCCCCCGUUCCCCGCGCGGCGAGCAGGAGGAGCAGGGGAAGACACAGCCAGCCGCGCCUCGCCAUGGGGAUCGGCUACGUGGUGGGCGUCCUCGGCGGCGCCAUCCUCGCCCACGCCGCCUACGCCACCAUCCAGUAUCGGGCGGUGCUGAAGAUCACGGAGGAAGAGUUCACUCGGCCACCCAUGGAUGUGAUGAUGGAGUUGCUCUUGGGGUUGGCCUUGUGUAUGUGGGCAGGUCUUGCUGUUCCAGCGAAGUUUCUCUCAGUGCUCCCACAUUCUGAGGAGAAUAGGAUCGUCUCCCUCCCGGCUAACCUGGAUUUCAUGAUCUUCAACCACCGGGGGAGAGCGCUGCCGUCCGACCCAGACCUAAAGCUGAAGAAAUAGACACAUCUUUUCAGACCUAGUUUUUAGUUGCCUUGUAACCAUUUUGAUCUGGAGGAGGUUCCAGUUUUUGUGUCUCUAUUUGUUUAGGGGGGAAAAAAUCUUCCCAGACCAUAAGACCAUAAGUAACUUAUUUACGAAUGUAACACUAGAAUUUGUGGCACUGUGAUUCCUCAAACUUGUAUGGUGGUAAUUCGAGCUUCUGUUGCAGCCCCGAGCAGAUUCUGUACUUCAUUCAUCAGCUAAUCAGUUGCCAGCUGCUUUGUUAA